UGUGUGUGUCCACAGGCAGCUGAUCUUGAUCAUGGAGUUGUACAGCCACGAUGAUGUGUAUAACUACCUCAGACAAAUAGCACUAACCCUCUGCUCAGACAAAGUGUCAGAGGUCCGGUGGAUCUCUUACCAGCUGGUGGUGGAGAUCUUACGGAAGAUGUAUGCGUGUGGAGCCCACGAGCUGGGCCUGAACUUCAGCAACGAGCUCAUCGUCCGCUUCUGCCACUGUCCAAAAUGGGUGGGCCGCCAGGCCUUUGCCUUCAUCUGCCAGGCCAUCGUGGAGGAGGACUGUAUGCCCAUGGACCAGUUUGCCCAGCACCUCCUCCCCAGUCUCCUCAGCCUGUCGUUGGACCCCGUGGCCAACGUCCGCGUGCUGGUGGCCAAAGCACUGCGGCAGAGUGUCAUGGAGAAAGCGUACUUCAAAGAGCCGGGCAGUGCCUACUUAGAAGAGCUGGAGGAGACGGUGAUGACCCUGCAGGCGGACAAGGACAGAGACGUACGCUUCUUUGCCAGCCUGGACCCCGACAUGGUGCUUAUGGACACUUCUGCUUUAAUCUAGAACCUUCCAGCCUGCUCCAACACACAGCCAAUAACUAUCACCAGCAUCAGACCUGACCAGAACACUCGCCUGCAGGAAAUAAAGGCACUGAUACAAGAAACAUACAUAGAAUCAGUCAUGUGCUCUCUCUCUGUCUCUCUCACACACACACACGAUCUGAAAACCGCACCUCGCUAAGCUAAAACAGCCACCGCAAAAUGGCAUCGGAUUCCAGGUGGAAAACAACCCACCAUGCGGCUCGGCUAGCGUCCCGACGUCGAGUCACCUCAACCCAUCUGUAUCCAGCUGGUUCUCUCAGGUCCUCUGGUUUCAUCACGGUUUCUCUCUCUCUUUUCAUCUUGUCUUCAAUGACCUCCGUAACCACUACUGCUUAGGAGAAGGAACAACCGCACCACUUGGCACGAAACAAAAUAUGUUAAUGAACUCGUGGCAUCUUCCCUCUGUGUGUUUACUAUGUCAAUAAUGUGAUCCAAGUCCCCCAGAGACCAAUGAAAUACCUCUGAUUGGACAUAACUCAGGCCAGUUUCGCCAUAGGGGCGUUUAGCUUAUAGAAUGAGGUACAGCACUUUAGAAUGCCACAGAUAGAAAUGGAAUGUAUAGAUAGACUCACUAGAAUUGUGAUUCUUCUAUAUACAAUGCAUCUGUACAUUCUGUAACGUUGCUCUCCCCUGAAUAAACCUCGGGUGUCAGCGGCACCUCUGGUGUCAGCGGGACCUCUGGUGUCAGCAGGACCUCUGGUGUCAGCGGGACCUCAGGUGACAGUCAAUUUUGCAUCCCAAAUGGCACCCUAUUCCCUAGUUUGUUUUAAACCUGUAGUAAGAAGAAGCAGAAAAAGAGUGAUAGUUUGGUAAAGACCUGUGAAGCACUCCCCCCUUAUCCACCGUGUAGGCCAUCAUUGUAAAUAAGAAUUUGUUCUUAACUGACUUGCCUAGUUAAACAAAGGUUAAAUUAAUUUAAAAAAAAUGUAAAUCCACUUCAACAUUGUGGAUUCCAAUCCCAUUUUGGCUUUUCAGUCAGACCACUGCACUGACCACAAUCAAUUGUACAGUAUAGGAAUGGUUGUGUGGCCUGGGUUUGUGUUCCAAGACGCUCUGACUAGUAAAUCUCAUUAGUAGUGAAAUAAGUAUGUUGGAGAAUAAAUAACUUCCAUUGUAUAGCUUAACCUGUAUAGCCAGGGGAUCCAAGGCCAGUUUUAGGGUUUUCUGUAGAGACAUGAAUGUGGAUAUAAUGAGAGCUGUCACUUUUGUAGUCUUUUUUUCUCUCUUUUUUUUCUCACCUGUUCACAUGGCAACCCAUUUUUGACCAUAAACACGACUUGAGAUCCUAAACUGAUUGCGGUGUGGCGUGCAUCUCAAGUCUGUCUUCCAUCUUAUGGAAAUGUUCACUUCUGUAGACUACCUAACGCAUCACACCUGUCAGCAAUUUUCCCCAUCUUGUUUUUCUUUAUGGUAGAACUAUUAAUAUAUAUGCAUUUUAUGAAAUGUAUUUUUCUUUUCAAAUAUGUACCAUUGUUCAAAGAUUUUAUAUCCGAACUUUGCAUUUCACAACCUUUGUAACAUUCAAUCAUUUCUUUAAAAUAUUUUUUAUGUAAUGUUAUUUUUAGCAUUCUGUAAUUAAAUUUAUAAUAUAAAUCAGAAAAAUCAAGACAUGUGUAGCCUGUCUCCAAACUACCUUGUAUAACCAACAAAUGAAUUGUGCAAAUGAGUGUCAUAUCAUUGUCACAAAGGUUCAAAACACCUGCAGCACAAAUUUUUUAUAAAUAUAAAACUCAGCUAGGUGAGUUUUCCAUGAAGAAGAAUUGUUACUUGCUUCUUUAAAAGUAUUUUUUUUGCGAGACUUGAAGUUUGACACGUAAAGUGAAGCUGUGAAAUAUAGUCAGUAAAAUCUAUGUUCUGAUUACUACCGACAGACUACUACACUGAACAAAAAUAUAAACGCAACAAUUAAAGUGCUGGUCUCAUGAUUUAUGAGCUGAAAUAAAAGAUUCAAGAAAUGUGUCA